GCAGUGGCAGCUUCCGUCCAGUGAAUGAAGUCAGCUGACCUCAGCCUGCUGCUGUCACGCACCACAGCGCGCAUCGUUUUCACUCGAAGCACGACAGCAAAACACCGCUUCCCAACCACACGUUAGAACCCAGUGAAGAUGGACACAUCCAGGCUGCCCAAGAUCCGGGACGAGGACCGAGAGAGCCAGUUUGGAUACGUGCAUGGAGUCUCUGGACCAGUGGUGACGGCGACCGCCAUGGCAGGGGCAGCCAUGUACGAGCUGGUGCGCGUGGGCCACAGCGAACUGGUGGGAGAGAUCAUCCGGCUGGAAGGAGACAUGGCCACCAUCCAGGUCUAUGAAGAGACAUCCGGAGUGUCCGUCGGCGAUCCGGUGCUGCGUACCGGGAAGCCCCUCUCGGUGGAGCUGGGCCCGGGAAUCAUGGGCUCCAUCUUUGACGGCAUCCAGCGGCCCCUGAAGGACAUCAACGACCUCACGAAGAGCAUCUACAUCCCAAGAGGCGUUAACAUCGGAUCCCUUAACAGAGACAUCAAGUGGGAGUUCUCGCCCGUCAAGAGUCUGCGGGUUGGCAGUCACAUCACAGGCGGAGACAUCUAUGGGAUGGUGUACGAGAACUCCCUCAUCAAGCACAAGAUCAUGCUUCCACCCAAAAACAGAGGCACUGUAACCUACGUGGCCCCACCGGGAAACUAUGACAUCUCCGAUGUGGUGAUGGAGCUGGAGUUCGAGGGUGUGAAGGAAAAGUUCAACAUGGUGCAGAUGUGGCCCGUCAGGCAAGUGCGGCCCGUCACGGAGAAGCUGCCCGCCAAUCACCCGCUGCUGACCGGCCAGCGAGUCCUGGACGCCCUUUUCCCCUGCGUGCAGGGAGGAACCACAGCCAUCCCCGGUGCUUUCGGCUGCGGGAAGACCGUCAUCUCCCAGUCGCUGUCCAAGUACUCCAACAGCGACGUCAUCAUCUACGUAGGCUGCGGGGAGCGUGGUAACGAGAUGUCAGAAGUGCUGCGAGACUUCCCCGAGCUGACCAUGGAAGUGGACGGCAAGACGGAGAGCAUCAUGAAGAGGACGGCGCUGGUGGCCAACACCUCCAACAUGCCCGUAGCUGCCCGAGAAGCCUCCAUCUACACGGGAAUCACGCUGUCCGAGUACUUCCGAGACAUGGGAUACAACGUCAGCAUGAUGGCCGACUCCACCUCCCGCUGGGCCGAAGCGCUCAGGGAGAUUUCGGGACGUCUGGCUGAGAUGCCCGCUGACAGCGGCUACCCGGCCUACCUGGGCGCCCGUCUCGCCUCCUUCUACGAGCGCGCCGGAAGGGUGAAGUGUCUGGGCAACCCCGAGAGGGAGGGCAGCGUCAGCAUUGUCGGAGCUGUCUCGCCCCCUGGUGGUGACUUCUCCGAUCCCGUUACCUCAGCCACACUCGGUAUCGUUCAGGUGUUCUGGGGUCUGGAUAAGAAGCUGGCCCAGAGGAAACACUUUCCCUCAGUCAACUGGCUCAUCAGCUACAGCAAGUACACCCGUGCCCUGGACGAGUACUACGACAAGCACUUCGCUGAGUUUGUGCCGCUGCGCACCAAGGCCAAGGAGAUCCUGCAGGAAGAGGAGGACCUGGCCGAGAUUGUGCAGCUGGUCGGGAAGGCGUCACUGGCAGAAACGGACAAGAUCACUCUGGAAGUGGCCAAGCUGAUAAAAGAUGACUUCCUGCAGCAGAAUGGCUACACACCUUACGACCGAUUCUGUCCCUUCUACAAGACUGUGGGGAUCCUGUCCAACAUGAUCGCGUUCUACGACAUGUCGCGCCACGCGGUGGAAACCACAGCGCAGAGUGACAACAAGAUCACCUGGGCCAUGAUCCGGGAGCACCUGGGAGAAAUCCUCUACAGGAUCAGCUCCAUGAAAUUUAAGGACCCGAUGAAGGACGGCGAGGCGAAGAUAAAGGGCGAGUACGCACAGCUGCUGGAAGACAUGCAGAACGCCUUCCGCACUCUGGAAGAAUAGACGUUCCAUUUUUUGUUGUUGUUGUUAUUUUGUUGGGUCUCCAAUCCAUCACAUUCCGUCUUUUGUGUGUGUGCGCGUGUGUGCAACUUCAUAUGGAGGUCAAAGAGAAUAAGAUGUACUGUAUUUGUGAUUAUUUCAUGCCUGCAUGAUCUUGUAUUAUCAUGUCAUUUUUGUUCACAUCAUCAUCCUAUGUGUGUGUGUGUGUGUUUGUGUGCGUGCGCUCUUCUCCAUUGUAAUUCAUACACUAUCAUCUCUGUACAGAAGAAUUAUGAACCGAAUAUGUAAGGAGAUCAUUCUAUUUAUUGGAACAUUUUUGACGUAACUGUCGUUUUGUUCUUACGCUCGUGCGUGGUUGUGUCGUGUACUUCUGCCGCGUGGAUGUCUGUACGAGUCCGACGGCUCUCGAGUGAUUAAAUGAUGUGUGUGGUUGGGGGAAAAAAACAAAAG